AUGCAGGUGGCUUUUCCUUCAAAGAAACAAUGCGUCAGCAAAACUGGAGAUCUAGAGUUCAACAAAGAUCCCAAUUUUAACUUUAGCUCAAACAUUCCAGUUGAUGGUGUCUUCAAAGCUACAAACCAAGGGUUGCCUAAAUCUGCCAAGAAAGUGGAACCGCUUUCAAAGAAGACAGCUACAAGAGGACCUCUCAACAGAUACAAACUAGAAGCAGAGCUAAAGACUAAGAAUCAGCUGUUAGAAACAGCUAAACAACAGCUACACUCCAGACUAACAGGAGCACAGGGCACUAUAAAGGAGUUAAAGGAGGAGAAUGAAGGCCUGGUACAAGAAGUUGAGAAGCUCAAGAAAUUUCAGGAGACUUGCAUGGUGAUUCUGGAAAGCAGAAGCAUUGAUCCUGUUACAGGCAGCAACAUCUUGGAGGAGGAAGAAAAUACACAAGAAUGCCAGAAGCAGACAAUGCUGUUAACUGAAAAGCUCAUAGAAGAAUUGAGGCUAUUUAAUCAAACAGCUGUAAAAGAAAAGGAGAUGCUUCAGGCAGCGAUGGCCAAGUGGAAGUCGGCAGAAAAAGGGAGAUGCCAGUCCCUAGAGAAGCAUUCCUCCUUUCAAUCAGAAAUUAAGGAAUGUUCUGCAAUACUCGAUGAGUUGGAGCUGCUCCUGGCUAU